AUGACAGUUGAUGGCGGUACGAAUAAAGCUAUCAAAUCUAAACCUGGAUCAAAAAUACCCCAAACCAAAGGAGGGAGGGCAGACACACCUACACCUGUAACAAAGCCUGUAAAAAAAAGAGGUGUCAUAGGGAGUGAAACAGAGGAGACUGAAGAAUCUGAGAGCGAAGGAGAGAGUUCAGUGGAGGAGAGCGAAGAGGAGGAGCUAGUUUGUAUUGAGGAGACAACUGAGACAGAAGGGCUCGAGACAGAGGCGACACAGGAUAGCAGCGGAGAGGAGGUUGAGGUGUCAGACACGGAGAGAAGCACAGAGGGGCAGGUGAAGGAAGAAUCAGCAAAGGAACCUCCAGUAGAGGAGGAAUCAGAAAAAGAACUUCCAGUGCAAAUCAGGAAACGAGGGAAACUUGAAGAGGAGCCAGUCAGUACCAGUGAGGAAGAGGAGGAAGAGGAAGAAUCAGUGGCAGUGACCAGCGAUGGGGGUGAAUCUGAGAAGGUAACUUCAAGGAAAAGAGGGUCGCCCAAGAAAGCCACCGCUGUACCACCACUCAGUUUGACGACCAGCGUCACUGCACCGGCAGGGUGUCUGAAAUCCAAGAUGUUCAUGAAGAAAAAGGGCCAGGCUGAAGAGAAGGUUGACAAACCUAAGAAGGCCCAGAAACCCACGAAAGCAGAGAAGAAGAAAGCUGAGAAAGCAAAGAAAGCUGAGAAAAAGAAAGCAGAAAAAGCUGAGAAAAAGAAAGGGAAAGGGAAACAGAAAGCUACUCCAGCAGAGGAAGAAGCCCAGCCUCUGAAAGAUGUCUCCCUCAGCAAGGCUGACGCUGCAAAACACAAGGCCCAGAUCCUGAAGCUAGCCAAACAAACAAAAACCUCCAUCAAAGACAAGAAUGCUUCGUCUUCCCCAUUGGAGUUGCAGGAGGAUGAGGCUGCCUCAACUUCAUCCAAAGCCCCUAAAGGCCUAUCACGGGUGAUGCUAUUGAAAUCAAAAGGAAAUGAUCUCCAAGCCUGUCUGGGUGAAGGAGAACAGGAACAAGUGAAAAGGGAGCAACAAGAUGGUGAAGGAGAAGCCAAACAGGGUAGCAGGAAAAACAUUGGCCUGGUCCUGGGCAGAGUCAAGAUGGCAUCUGUUCGACAAAGGAGCAAUAAAAUGCUGGUCAGGCCUGGAGAGGAAGCAACGACAGCCGGGUCGACAGAUCCAGUCUCAGCCAAACCCACGGACAGUCUCGUCACUCGUAGGAAAGGGGUGACGACUCUACGCCAUGUCUCGGGUUGGAUCAGGGGGAAGAUGCCCAAAGGGUUCAACCUGAGGAGUAAACUGAAAGUAGUGACCCAGGCCAUUGGCUUCUCCCGUUGGCUCCCUCUCCAAGCCAUCAAACAGAGGGAGGGAGCCACUAGCUCCAAACACAGCCUGCUUAAACAUCGGAUGGCCAUGCGUGUGGCUAGUAAGACCAGCCUGGCCAGCAAGAAGAACCGAACCUCUGGAAACGGAGCCGAAGAUAAGUCUGCUGUCACCCAGAAGAGGCAAGCGGGGGAGUCUGGUGACGACCCCCACUCCACCUCCCCUCCAGCAGCCAUCGUGCUUCCCAGGAUGAACAAGCUGGGCAUGGGAAAGGCCAUAGGAAUUCUACCAGCCCAGCCAUCCCAGACUGCUCAGCCAGCCUCCUCCACCACCCCAGGCUCCAGCACUGCUGUGGGAGCCACCCUCGAAGCACCCAAGCCCCCCAAACCAGGAGCCAGACUGGUACUCCCAGUCAAACCGGACCUCACCCUCCUCAAGUCCAUAAAGAAGCCUGUUCCUGGAGCAGCACCAGAGCCAAAGAGGACUGAAAGUACAAAUGGGAGCACAGGAGCACAGAGACCCACACCGGACACCAGCAACGAGGACAGGAAAAGGGAGGCGGCACUUAAAGGCAAUGAGGGUUUCAGCAUCCUCCAGGCAGCCAGGGGCAAACUGGGCAACGAUCAAUUCAAAUUGACCAAGCUAUCCAAGCCUCUUACUACUGCUGCAAUAGAAGUAGGACCCAGCCGUGGAGCUAUAGUCCCAGACAGGGAGACAGGAGCUGGGUUUGCCGGACCCCUCACUGAUGGUCCUGAGUCUGGAGAACCUGUCAGACUGACUGGAGAACCAUCCAGAGUUGGUUCUAGGGUGGGGUCGUACUAUGAAGAAGAGGCUGAUCGAGAGGUGGCCCAGCUGAUGGGAGGGGGCGGGCUGUACCCUGUCGGCCCUCUGGAGGUGCACUGGGCUGGGACGACUCGUAUGAGCGGAGACCCCCAGGACUGGCUGCGAGCGGAUACCCUCCUGCCCCACCAGACAGUGGAGAAGCUGACCAAGUGGACGGUGUACGAGGAUGGGAACCAGACCAGGACUGUACCGACCCACAACGGGAGAGGACCCUGGGAGUCUGAGGACCCUGCUCAGGACAUGCUGGAGAGUCGCCUCAAUAACACAACGGUCGCGAUGCCAGGGUCUGACCAGGCUGUGGAGGUGGACGAGGUGGAGGAUCUAUCCCAGCUUGAGGAGGUGUGUGAGAGCUCUGUGCUGCUGAAUCUGAAGAAGAGGUUUCACCGGGACUCCAUCUACACGUACAUAGGUAACAUGCUGCUGUCACUUAACCCCUUCAAGCCCCUUGACCUCUACACAGAGCACCUCCGACAGCAGUACCAGGGCAAGGAGCAGAAACGCAACCCUCCCCAUGUCUAUGCUGUUGCCGAUGCAGCCUUCAGCCAAUCUCAGAGCUCACCACAAGAGCAGUGCAUCAUCAUAAGUGGUCAGAGUGGAUCAGGUAAGACUGAGGCCACCAAGCUAAUAGUCCACUACCUCAGCUCCAUGUACCAAGGCAGGAACAACAACCUCAGACAGCCCAUGGAGGUGCUGCCGAUUCUAGAGAGUUUUGGUAAUGCCAAGACCAUCCUCAACAACAACUCUAGUCGCUUUGGCAAAUAUCUUCACGUCCACGUUCUCCAGGGUGUGGUGGUGGGGACUUCGCUGUCAAAGUACCUUCUUGAGAAGUCACGCGUUGUCUUCCAGGCCAAUGAGGAGAGGAACUACCAUGUGUUCUAUGAGCUGCUGGCGGGGAUGAACGACUGGGACAAACAGGAGCUCUAUCUGCAGGGAGCAGAGACAUACUACUACCUCAACCAAGGCGGGUCCUGUGAGCUGAAGGGGAAGCUGGACAAACAUGACUUCCUGUUGUUGGCCCAGUGCUUUGAGACGAUUGGUCUACACGCCGACCAGAUCUCCACAGUCUGGGCCAUCCUCUCCUCCAUACUACAGCUUGGGAAUAUCUGCUUCAGUUCCUACGAGAGUGAGUCGUUUGAGGUGGCCCGUAUCUUCAGUGAGGCAGAGGCCAGGAGAGUAGGUUCUCUCUUGCAGGUGUCUUCAGAGGCCCUACAGACUGUCAUCACACACAAAGUCACGGAGACAACCUAUGACAGGAUCUACUGCCCCCUGUCUGUGGAAAGUGCCAUAGAAUCCAGAGAUGCCAUAGCCAAGGCCCUGUACUCUGUGUUGUUCGAUUGGCUGUUGGAGCAGAUCAAUGAUUGGCUGAGCCCUACAGAAAUGGACAGCACCGUGGGGAUAGUGGACAUCUACGGCUUCGAGGACCUGGGAGUGAACAGCUUUGAACAGCUGUGUAUUAACUUUGCCAACGAGCAGCUGCAGCACUUUGUCAACAAGGCCGUGGUGACCCAGGAACAGGAAGAGUACAGUACAGAGCAGAUCCAGUGGUACCCCGUCCCAUUGCAGGACUUCCACUCCUGUCUGGACCUCAUCUCCUCCAGACCACAUGGUAUCCUCCGUAUACUGGAUGACCAGACCUGCCUACCCCAGGCCACCGACCACACCUUCCUCCAAAAGUGCCACUAUCACCAUGGGAACAGCCCACACUACACUAAGCCCAAGAUACCUCUGCCUGUCUUCACUGUGUAUCACUACGCCGGAGCUGUCACUUACCAGGUCCAUAACUUUCUGAAUAAGAACCAUGAUCAGUUCCGUACCGAGGUGGUUGAGCUGUUUGCUAGGAGUAGACUGAAGAUGGUGUCAGGGCUGUUCCGUAAGGUGCAGGAUAAUUACCUGCAGCAGAGAGAGUUGGGCUGGAGGGGUAAAGGUCACAGGCAACAGCCCUCCACGGUGGCAGCACACUUCCAACAGUCCCUGACUGAGCUCACCACACGACUAGAGAGGUGUAAAACCACCUUUAUUCGAUGUUUCAAGCCAAAUUAUGUCAAGCUUCCCGGUAUCUUUGAUGUGGACUAUGUGUCAACCCAGCUGAGGCAUGCUGGGAUACUUGAGACCAUCACCAUCAGGAAGGAGGGAUUCCCCAUCCGCAUCCCCUUUUCCUUCUUUAUGGAGAGGUAUGGAAUCCUCCUGGUGGAGCGACCAGCCACCAUGUCUGAUAAGGAGCAGACCGUGGCGUUGCUGAACUUUGUAGGGGCUGAUGAGGGACAGUAUCAGCUAGGACUCACUAAGGUGUUUCUGAAGGAGGUGCUGUACCAGCGUGUGGAGGACAAGUGGAACAGCACUCAGACCUGGGCUGCGGUUACCAUCCAGAGGAACAUCAGAGGGUUCAUCUGCAGGCGCAACUUUAGGUUCUUCAAGCAGAAGGCCAUUGUCAUCCAGAGCCACAUACGAGGACAUCAGGCCAGGCAGUAUUACAAGCGUCUGAGACUGUCCUUCACUCAGUUCUGGGCUGCAAUGAUGAUCACCAGGAACACAAUCAAGAGACGACAGUGGAGGGAACAAGAGAGGAACGAGAGGAGCACAGUGAAACCCACCACUGAGACUGAAGAUCACACCUCCACAGGAAUGGAUGUGGGAAUGUUGGAGAUCCCAGCUGAGCUGUCGGCCAGACUACGCAGCGCAGCAGGGCGGCAGCAUGGCUCUGGGGUAACAGAGGUGGCGCCUCCACAGGUGAAAGCAGGACACACCCUCACCCUGCCCCUCGAUAUAGACAGUUACCCCUUCUCACGAUAUGCCAACACUACGCUGAAGGAUGGCUGGUGUCAGCCGCAGGGCUACUCCCUCCAGCGACCUCUGACCUAUCUGGAGCCUGAAGACGCUUGCAUAGCUCUGGAGAUCUACAAACUGAUCCUGCGCUUUGCAGGGGACAGUGAUCUGAGUGGCUGGCAGGAGCAGCUGUUGGGAAACUACAUCGUGGAGCAGGGCCUUACCAGACCCCCCCUGAGGGAUGAGAUCCUAGCCCAGAUAGCUUACACCACCUGGGGCAGGGAGUCAGAGGAGGGGUCCCUACGGGGCUGGUUGUUACUAGCCUGCUGCCUCAGUGCCUUCACCCCUUCCCCAGCCCUUGACAAAUCCUUGCUCAAGUAUGUGUCUGACAAGGGUCCAGGUGAAUAUCGUUCUCUGUGCCAGCACAAACUCCUCACCUCCCUCCACCUACCCUCCCCCACCUCCCGCCUCCACCCCCCCUCCCAGCUUGAGUGGACAGCCAAUCAGAGGAGAGGAAAGAUGGUUCUGGACGUACACACCUUCAGCGAGGAGAAGAUUACAGCUGAGGUAGAGUCCUGGACCACAGGAGAGCAGCUGGCCUCGUGGCUGCUCCACUUCAGAGGGUUAGGUGAGGCUCCUCGGGGCUGGUCUGUGUCUCUGCUGGCUGAUGAGGGCUGGUCUGACCUGCCUGGAUGUGACUUUGUCAUGGACCUGUUGGCUGGAGGAGAGACUGAUACUACACUGGGGACCGCACACACACCCACUGACUACCUGUUCAACAACGAGGGAAACCGGAUGAUAACAGAUCUAGAUGGGUUCAUCCCCCCGGCCCCCUCCAUGCAGGCCCCUGGUCUCCCCCAGCAGGAGGCCCACUGGGAUGGCAGAGACUACCAGCCGUCAGAGGGUUCUCGUGGUCGUCAGAUGGAUGCUUAUCUGGAUGACCUCUUUGACCCAGUGCUGGACCAGGGACCAGGGGACAGGGAGCGUAUGGCCAUUUUGAACAGGAGGAUGAGAGGAGGAGGAGGGAUGUAUGGAGCAGGUGUCCCAAUGACAAUGCCAGGUUAUUCUAUGGGAAUGCCGAUGAACCCUGCCAUGCAAGGCUACGGGGCUCAGAUGAUGCCAAGUAUGAUGCCACCGGCCCCCAUGCCUAUGAUGCCAACCAUGAUGAUGCCCCAGCCAGCUGCACCAGCCGUGGACUCCCAGCAGAUGGCAGCACAGCAGCAGGCUUUCAUCAACCAACAGGCCCUGCUCAUGGCCCAGCAGAUGACAAUGCAAGCCAUGACCAUGUCCCAGCAGCAGGCUCAGGAUCAGCAGCAGAGACAGCAGCAGCAAAGACAGCAGCAGCAGAGACAGGAGCAGCAGCAGCAGAGACAGGAGCAGAGACGCCAGGCUAACCGAACCGCCACACCCCCCCGCGCCCCAUCACCCCCACCCCCACCCCCACCCCCACUCCACACAAAUCCCCCCACCCCACCACCGCUACGCACACCCAGCCAGAUGAAAACACAGCCACAGCACCAUAUACCUGAGCCGGAGAGGGAUGUGGACUUUGCCAGUCCAGACCAGCGUGAGUCUUUCAAGGUGAAGAGAGAGUUUUUCCAGAAGAUUGGUUCUCAGCCCAAGCCAGCAGCCAAACCGUUAAAGCCUCGCCCAGCUCCCAGCAGCCCCCCCAAACAGACCCGGCCCCGCACCCCCUCUCCACCCCCAGCCCCCAGGACUUUGCAACCUCCCCCCUCUCCUCCUGCCAGAGACCCAUACACCCCCAGCCCCCCUGCCUCCCCGCCCCCGCCCACCACCAGCAUCCGUGACAUCAUCAAACAAUACCAGAACCGCCCCGCCAGUGACCCCAGACCCUUCGAGCCCGUCAGGGUUCCAGCCCGGUCGUUUGUGAAGAAGAAUGAUCCUAAAGAGGAGGCCUUGGCGAUCCUCAUGAAUAAAGGCCCUGUAGAACAGCAGAGAAAGUGGGCCCCUCCUCCCCCGAUCCAGAGGGAGCCCCCCCGUCAGAGACAGCCUCACCCAGCGUGGCAAUCCUCUCCUCCCUCCACCAGAGGGCCUCGCUCAAUCUCCAACAGCAUGAAGCAGAAACAGCGCUCCCUGGCCGACCUCUUUGGCACGCAGGGUCGUUCCAAGAACCUUCCGCCUGCUCCACCCAAGUCCACCCCUCCUUAUCCCCCAGCCAUCUUUGAAAGCUUGCCAGACCCUCCCGCCAAGGCUGCCCCCACACUCAAUCUGUCUGGGGAGGAGAGUGUUCGCUCCCAGCUCCACAGGUUCUCCGCCAGCGUCUACUUCUCCAACUCUGCCAUGCCUGGCAAACUGUUCCUACGCAAGGAGGUGUUUUACCCCAGAGAGGGGUUCAACCACCCCUACAUCCUCAAACUCCUUUGUGAGCAGAUCAUGAGAGACACGUACUCUGACACCUGUGUGAGGAUCACCAGAGAGGAUCGGAGAAAAAUGAAAGACCUACUAGCCAGUUUCCACGUGGGCACCAGUAUCAGCUCGCUUCAGGACGACACUAUGAAGAAGAGGAUAGUGAUGGCUGCCAGGGACAACUGGGAAAACUACUUCACACGACUCUUCCCUGUCAAAGGUGGUACCAGCGGGGACACCCAGCUGUUGGGCGUGUCUCAUCGUGGGAUUCGACUGAUGAAGGUGGCCAGAGCUUCAGGCAUAAACCCCAAACACCUGCGCCUGCUACGGAGCUACAGCUAUGCAGAGCUGCUGUCGGUGGAACUGCGGUCUGCCGACAUCGUGGAAUUCAGUCUAAAGGGAGAGCAGCUGCAGCUGCAGAGCAACAGGGCUCCACAGAUCACUGCCAUGGUCAGCCUGUUCCACCAAGAACUCAUCAAUGGCUCAGAUCAUAUGAUUGCCCUCAAGAGCUUUGUGACCGACGACAAGAGCCUGCUCAGCUUCCGCAAGGGUGACAUCAUCAAACUGCUGCCCAUUGACGGCCUCCAGCCAGGUUGGUGUUUCGGUUCCAUCGGGGGGCGCUCCGGCCUUUUCCCCAUCGACGUCACUCAGCCGUCUGCCCCUCCUGACUACCACCACGUCCACCUUGACCGCCUCGACGAGAGGAGGAAGAGCAUGAGAGCCUCCAAGCCGCCCGCUGCCACCAGACCCCCAGCUCCCAGGUCCACUCCCCACACUGGCUCAGCACAGCCCAGCCGAGGGAGCUCCAUGCUGGGGUCAGCUCUUUCCGUCCAAGUAUCGGUCCAGGGCAGUGAGAUGAGUGACGCCCAGACGUUCCGGAUGACAGAGUUUGCCAUGAAAUACUUCAGAGACACUGCCACCAGAAUGGAGGGUAAAGGUCUGCUUAAUGGAGGUAUAAACUUCUCAGAGGUGCUUCAGUACACAGAGGUUCCCAUUCAGGAAUCCCUCAUCCUGUACAAUGAUCCUGAGCUCAAUGGCCUGGCUGUCCAGGCCUUCCUGAGUGUGAUGCAGUUCAUGGGAGACCAGCCUCUUGGGAGGCACACGUCUGAGGGAGACUGUGUCAGCCAUAUCUUGAUGUUAGGGAAGGAGAAAGAGUUUCUGAGAGAUGAGAUUUACUGCCAGGUGAUCAAACAGAUCACAAACAACACACACAAAGAGAGAUGUACCCGGGGUUGGCGUCUGUUGAACCUGGUAGCAGGGUUCUUCCCCUGCUCUGGCACUCUGAACCCCUACAUCACAUGUCAUCUACAAAACAUCAGCCAAGACCCCACACACCUCUACCAAGAGCUGUCUCAAAACUGUAAGGAGAACAUGUUCGGGACUCUGAUCCACGGUGGUCGCAGACACGUCCCCUCUCACGCAGAGAUGGAAGCCAUACUGGCUGGCAGACAAUCUCGUCGGUUCCCCAUCAAGCUGCCAGGCGGAGUGGAGUUCAUCUGUAAAAUACGCAGCUUCAGCGUGGCUCUAGAGGUGGUGGAAGAGCUGUGUACAGAGAUGGGCAUCCAGGAUCCGUCAGAAGUCAAGGAGUUUUCUAUCCAUGCCAUUCGGGACAAGGAUGGGAUGGUGCGGCCUCUCCACUCAGAUGAGUACCUGUUUGACUUCCUAUUGGACGACGGCUCCAUCGUCCUGUCCUUCCACCGCGUCAUAUGGACACACCCACUUCACUUCGACAACGACCUCUACCUGGAGUUCCACUUCCAACAGGUCCUGGGUGACUACCUGGAUGGCAAACUGAUGCUGCCAGGCAGUGGUGCCGCUGUCGUCCAGCAGACGGCAGAGCUGGCUGUCCUGCAGCACCUGGCACAGGGCCUCACUCAAGAGCCUUCUGUGCUAGAACUGAAGGGGUACCUCCCCCAACAGGAAGGGGGCAGCACCAACCUGGAGCAGAUCCACACCAUCUCCCUCAGAGAGAUAACCGCCAUGCGCUCUCUCAGCCCCCGCGACGCCAAGACACGCUUCCUCGAGUGCCUGAGCUCCCUGCCUCUGUUCGGUUCUAAUAUCUUCCUGGCUCAGAAGGUCAGCCAUCGCAGCUGCCCCUCGCCCUGCCUGGUGGCUGUCAACCAAGAAGGAGUGCUGUUCUGCCAUCCCAAUAUGCAGGAGCGGGCAUUCAUGAUCCCAUUGGUGGAAGUGCAGUCACUGCGCUCAGUUAAACACAAGAAAGACAAGAAGGUGCCUGGAGUGGAGAUCAACUACGGCAACCCAGGACUAAAAACCAUCACCAUCCACCUCAAACAGGCCAAGAAGCUGUGCCACAUCAUUGCUGUCAUCAUGGAGGAGCUGGUGAGACCACCCAUCAAUAGCUCUGUCUCCAGCCGCAACCCCUAGACACACACACACACACACGCACGCACACACACACACCUGCAGUUGGAUAGGAAAUGAGUUCUACAACUGUCAAUCAUUGAUUCAUAUACGCAAUGAAAGCGAAUCACUUUCCACAUCUACCAUUCCUUCUCCUGUGUCAGUGAUACUCCAGUUGGUGAUUGAUUGAUGAAAAUGGUUGAGAAAUGAAUUCUAUCCACUACAGGUUUCAUUUUCUCAAUUUCCCAACAAACACGCACUCAGAGAGGGAGCCUAUUGAUAAGCGGACCUGCACUGAUAAAUAUCAAAACAAAUCAAUGCCUUCAGAUUUUUAUCUAAAACAGUUCAUUAUUUUUAAAAAAACAUCACAGCCUUUGAAUACCAAUGAAUGUCCAAAUUUGAAUAUUGCUUUGUACGUGUUAGGUUUCCGUGCAAUAUAUCUUUAUAUAACUGAUUUAUCAAUGUGUUUCUUUGUAGUAAAUAUUUUUGUAAUUUAAAUCAAAUUAUUUUGUAGAUGGAUGAAACUGUUCUUGUUUACUUUGUGUAUAACUAUUAAAAAGUAUUGCUGAAUAAGGCAUUGUUUCAAUUA